GGCACGUCAAUCCUGAAAUUCGUCUCCUGCUCGAAGCAUGGGUUUUGAGGUGGUCAGCUGGCGCCGCCCGAGGAGAGACCGCGCAGUCCAGGGCGGCGUACAGCAGGUCCUGCCGGCGCGGGGCGUCCCAGUCGCGCAGCCGCCGGCCGGCCUUCUGGAGCACGAGGCCUGGCCAGAAGGCGCCGGUCAGCGCCGCGAGGCUCCAUGGCCUCCCCGGCAGGGCCAGCGAGGCCGCGUCCCUCUCCAGGAGCGCGUCCUCCGGUCGACCAGUCUCGAGCCCCCGUCCAGGAGGCGAUCGGCGGAGAUCACGCCGUCCCGGGCCAGCUUCAGGAAGUCCCCGCCGACAUGUUGAGCCCCGCCUUCGCAACCGCGCCAGAGCCCAACAGCUCCACCAGCGACGCGGGCAGCGCACGUGCCGAGCCCGGCGAGCGGACGCGGCUGAGAUGUGCAGCAGGCAGACGUCC